AUGGGUAGGCGUCGUCGUUGUCCCAAAGUUGAAUGGGGUGAAGAUUCAGAUGUUGAUAUGAAGACUGAAAAGCUGCAUCAAGAUAUGCCGAAAAAGUCACUUCAUCAACGUUUAAAAAAUAAAGAGCGAAAGAAGAAGCUUAAAAAAGGCAAAAGUGACUUCGCUGAUCAAAUUCGUGAAUUGGAACAUGCUGAACCUAUUCCUGAACCUGUUCUGGAAUUUCCGACUUCUCAGCCCUCUUUUGUUCCUUCGUCUGAUGUCGCAACACUGGUAUCUGGCUUUUUAACUAGAAAAAUGAAUUUACAGGAACAUACUGAGGGCAAUAUGUAUUUAACUGACUUUUAUGCUGUGAACUGCUUUUUAUCUGUUCAUGCAGCUCCGUUCAUAGCAGAAAAGUAUGAUACUAUAAUGGAAAAGAAUUCCGCAAAUAGAAAGGAUUGCAAAGCAGUUGCGGCCGUAGACUCCAUGCUCCCCUAUAUAUUUACUUCAUCUAAUUUACUUAAGGGCAAUUGGCCCCUACCAUCAUGGGCGCUAGAAUUCGAUAGUGCAGAACCAAAACAAAAGCUUGAUAAGUUUCAGCGAAAAAAUGUGCAAGUUAUUAGCAAAAUUCAGGAUUUCAAUUCAAAGUAUUUCAAAAGGCAACAAAAACGAACCAUUUUACCAAGUAUAAGGCAGUUUGAAGCUACACAUACCACUGUUCUGGCAGCUGAAGGCCUUCAACAAGUCAGGAGUUUGCUUGAAAGCAUUCCCCUUCUUUUGACAAUAAAAAGUGAUAUUACAACAUGUUAUGACAUUAUUGAUCAUGGUCCCUCGGGAAUAUGCUUUCAAUAUCGUACAUUGUGCUUAGAAAUGCCGAGAGGACAGUCGAAGAAUAAGACGUCGAUUCUACUCCAUGCGCCCCUCGUUCGAUGGGUUCAAAGGACAGUUAUUCUAGUACCUCCUCCAGUAUUGAAAAUAGUUAACGAAAUCAUUUGUGUAGCACCUGUUUCUGACGAACAGCAAGCUAAAUACGCAGAUAUCAUUCGCGAUGCAAUUGAAGACUGGGUCUCAAAUAUUGAGAAGACGGGCCUUAAUUCUACAGUCUUGCCGCCUUCGGAGGUAAGUAAGAAAGGCAUGAAGAUAAGCCAACUUUCUUCAAUGACUGGAAUGAACCAAAUAUACUCAGAGCAGUGCUUAAGCGAAUGCGAUUGGGACUUACAAAUUGCGAUGCAGGCUUUCAGUCGUCUUCGUGAAGCAGGCAUGUUACCGGAAAAAGCUUUCGCUUAA